GCAGUGUUCGCGGAGUUGAGUACCUCACGAUGAUGCUUCUAACAUUGGUGGUGUUGGUAUUGGUUGCGACGACGGCUGACGGUGUGGCGGUGGUAUCGAACGACAUCCCUGACACAGGCAUCACAGAGAAUGAUACAGUGUGUUCUGGGGGACGAUCAUCCAUGCAGCUGUCUACAUCUGGCUCUCCGAGCUGGUGGUACAGGGAUAUGAUACAGACAUACACCAACUGUACCUACGUGGACGGCAACCUCAUCAUUACGUGGCUUACCGACGACAACAUCAACUACGACCUUAACUUCCUGCGUAACAUACGGUACGUCCGAGGUUACGUACUGAUCGCGCGUGCGGAUGGACACUUUGAGCUGAACCUGCCGAGACUAGAAGUGAUCAGGGGAAACUCGACAUUCACGUUUCAUGGCGACCACUAUGGGCUGGCUGUGCUGCUUACUAACUUUACGGCAGUACGAAUUCCCCGGUUGAAAGAGAUCACAAACGGAAAGGUUAUCUUUUUUCUAAACCUACCGGACAUUCGGGUAGAGAUAACAAGAGACUGGGACCAGAUAGUCCGAGGCAGGGAAAGCAGGCAUCCCGGGACUGUCACCUUUCAGCAUGAACCUCCCGUCGCCCGGCAUUAUGAUGUGUGUCCCUCUCGCUGCCCUCAGAGAUGCUUCUGGUACGGAGCUGGAUGCUGUCACCAUCAGUGCGCCGGGGGGUGCUGGGGACCAUCUCCCACCCAGUGUGAGACGUGCAAGGAUUUUGAACUGGACGGCGUGUGUUUGAGCCACUGUCCUAACGCAUACUAUCGACACGGCAGAAGAUGUCUACGGAACCCCUGGUACAGAGGAAGAUAUCACAGACAUUAGUGUAUUCAGCAACCCGUUUGGCAAGCCGUUUCCACAUUUAUUUCUAAAUUACUGAUAUCUUCAAUUGCUUUAAAGAUGAAUUUAAUUAGAGAUAUCUUGAAUUGAAGAUAUCUUGUAAAAAUUCAAGAUAUCUCGAAUAGAGAUAAUCAUAAAUAUCAGCAAUGAAAUUCAUGUAUCUGAAGCAUAUUAAUGAUAUCUUGAAAAGAAUUGCUGAUAUCGUAGAAUAGAUUAACGAUCUAAGAAUGUGAUUUACAGAUAUAAAUAAGUAAUGUGCUUAAUGACAUCUUGUAAUUUUAUACAGAUAUCAUUAAUAAUUAUUGAUAUCUCGAAGGGCGAUAAUUCUCGCUACCCGUGUGGUUCCCAACUCAAUUAAUGUUGUCAGAUUGUAAGAUGCAAUUCUGUAUAAUAACAUUAAUGACCGGUGAGUAGCUUAAUUGUUUUACUUCUAAUUUUAAUUGCAGAUACUGGGCUAAAACUAUGUGAACUCAUGAUUCUUGAGAUUUUCACGAAGCUUGUUUCUGUUAUUUGAAAUGAGAAUGCUUUUUCAAAAAUAAAUAAAUAUUUUUAUUACAUGA